AUGUCUGCAUUGAAGAAAACCAACUUAAACUCUGUAUCUGAUUUACGUCAAACUACUGAUGAUAAUUUAUCAUCUGUUUUAACUCAAUUAGGUUAUGAUGAAUCAUUCAAAAUCACUGAUAUAAAAUUGGCUUUAGGAGUCAGCACAGUGGCGAUUGCUGGUCUUUUAUUCCUUGUCGAUAGAAAAUAUUCCUUUGAUGAAUCUUAUAAUGUGGUGGUUAUAUCCAUUAUCUUAUACUCCAUAUUCAGUGCUGGUCUAUUAUACUUGAACAGAAUAUAUAAGAAUGUUAAAUAUAUUGGUUAUACUGAAAAAGGGGAAAAAAUAAUCAUAGCUGGUUGGACAGUUAAAUUUGAUCCACUCUAUUAUAUAAAAAUCACUUUAAAUGAUAAAACUACCAUUGAAUCAUCAUUAAAAUUUAAUGAAUUCUUUGAUGUGGUGGGUUAUUUCAAUAGAGAUGCAUUUACAACCUUAUUAAAACAUGAAAUCUCCAAGAAAUCUCAAUAA